AGCUGACCAAAAAGUGGUCGAAGCAAAGGCACACUCCGCGCAUCUCGCCGAAGUGCCGAACGGCGAACGCCAUCUCGCCGCAUCUGUGGUCAAAUACGAGUAUGCGACGCUCUCGCACUCGAGUACUCCCUGUGCUCUCGCAUCCACAUUGACCCGUGCCCAUUCUUAGCUCCCACUCGUCUAUGCUGCGCGGCUGCCUCCGGCUCCGAGCGAGCAAGUGAGCUAGGUGUAGCAGGCCGGAGCUCGGUUGGGUUGUGGAGGGUGGGUGAAGAUGAAGGCGGUGGAGCGCGCGAAGCUGGUGCGGAGCCUCCGGCAGGAGUCGCGGCGGCUGCGCCUGCUCGUUCUCGUCAUCGGCUUCUUCCUCGUCACCCUCACCUUCGUCAUCGUCUCCAAGCCCGACGCGCUCCUCUUCAACCUGAAUGGCAGGCUGUCGGUGGACCAGGCGCCGCGUUCACUCCUGAUCCGCCAGCGGGUCGACGCCGACGACGCCGGCUCCAGGAGAUCCGCCGACACUCUCGCCGCUGCCGCCGAGGAUCCCAAGGUGGUCGACGACGACAACGCCGCCAAGGAAGCCCACGCCAACACCAGAGAUGUCAUAGCACCGACCCUUCUAUUUACGACAGGAGCCAGUGAAGAGGAGAAGAGGGUGCUUACUAGUGAGCCCGAGCAGGGCAAAAAGAUGGAGGACACCGCAUCUGGUGGGGAAGACGAAGAGGGGAGUAAAGUCCUGCUUGAGGGGCACCAAGAGCACCAGGAGCACAAGGUGACCCUCCCAACUGUUUCCAAUUAUACCAUUCGUGAUGCCGCUGAGGACAGCGACAAUGGCAAGCAAGAAGAUGGCAAAACAGACUCGGAAAUUAAGCUCGCAAUGGCUGUUGCCCAGAGCAAUGGCAGGGACAGAUCUCAUCAACCAGCACUGGAUAAUUUGGAGUGGGACAAACCAUUGUGUGAUUUCUCAAACUUCCGAGCAAAUGUCUGUGAGAUGCGAGGUAACAUUAGGAUACACCCAAAUGGCAGUUCAGUAAUGUACAUGGAGCCUGCAGGUUCAAACAGAGAUGAGCAAUGGAAAAUUAAGCCUUACCCCCGCAAAGGUGAUGAAUUAUGCCUCAGUCAUAUUACAGAGGUGACGGUUCAGUCCAGCAAAGUGGCACCAGAGUGUACUAAGUACCAUGAUGUGCCUGCCGUGAUCUUUGCUUUGACUGGAUAUACUGGGAAUCUAUUCCAUGACUUCACUGAUGUGCUUGUUCCCCUAUUCACAACUGCAAGUGAGUUCAAUGGUGAAGUUCAAUUCUUAAUCACAGACAUGGCUAUUUGGUGGACAAGGAAGUAUGCAGUGGUUUUUGAGAAGCUAACUAAGUACCCAUUGAUUGAUUUCAAUAAAGACACCGAGGUGCGUUGCUUUAAGCAUGCCAUUAUUGGCCUUCAUGCUUACAUGGAGUUCACAAUUGACCCAUUGAAGGCUCCACACAACUACUCAAUGGUGGACUUCAACACGUUCAUGCGCAGAACCUACUCACUACCUAGAGAUUCAGUGACUGCACUUGGUGAGAUCCCUAAGACCAGGCCAAGACUGUUGAUUAUCUCCAGGCAGCGGACAAGGAUGUUCCUCAAUCUCAAAGAGAUCGUAGCCAUGGCUGAGGAGAUAGGCUACGAGGUGGUGGUUGAAGAGGCCAAUGUGAACUCUAAUGUCGCCCAUUUCGCCAAGGUAGUUAAUUCGGUUGAUGUGAUGAUGGGUGUUCAUGGUGCUGGGCUCACAAAUUGUGUGUUCCUUCCACACAGUGCUAUAUUAAUUCAGAUUGUACCAUGGGGUGCCCUGGAUGGGAUAUGCCGAAUUGAUUUUGGCUACCCAGCAGAACAAAUGGGGCUGAGGUACAAGCAUUACAGCAUUGGUGUUCACGAAAGCAGCCUCACAGAUCAAUACCCCAUGGAUCAUGAGAUCUUCAAAAACCCGCUUGCAUUCCACAAGAAUGGAUUUGAGUUUGUCCGGCAGACCUUCAUGGAUACACAGAAUGUGAGGCUUGAUUGUAACCGAUUCAGACCUAUACUCCUCGAGGCCCUUGAUCAAUUGAACCAAUGAAGACCACUGGUAUUAUUCCGGGGCUGUUGUACUAGAUUCUUUUUCGUUACCAAUUUUUGUUUGUCCAUUUCUCUCUUUGUAAAAUUUCUUGAUCAUCUUCUGAUAACAUGAGCAAGAAGAAAAUUAAUUAUUUGUCUAAACGUAGGAAAUGUCAUCACCACAUGGAUCGAAAUUCAGGUAUCCAUGAUUUGUUGGGACCUUUCCGUAAUGAGAUAUAUAGAAAAAGGUCUUCUAUUUUUUUCUUGUAAA